AUGAGGACGCAGGUCCAGGGAGAUACCAGGAUCGUGGUAUCCGUGGGCCUGCACCCUCAUCAGGUGGGGGAGGGCCAGCACCUUCUACCAUUUCUAAGGUGUUUGGACAACUCGGCCUGCGGGGCGUUUGGGGAGGUCGGAAUAGACCUCACCACCAACUGCACCUGCCGGCCGAGAUGCAGAGAUCCAGUCGCCUGCAGGAGGGGUCAAACGGAAGGUCAGGAGGUCGUUUUGACCACGGUCCUUCAAAGGGCAGUGGUCAAGGCCUCCCUACCGUUGGUCCUUCACUGCAGGGAUGGGGGAAGCGGCCAAGCGGCCGCUUCGGCCCUGAAAUGUAUUCGCCAGGUGCCCGGCGCCACCGAGCUUGUGAUGCAUUGGCACUGUUUCACAGGAUCGGUGGAACAGGUGCAGGAAUGGGAGAGGUACCUCCCAAACCUGUACCUGGGGGUGACGGCUCUGUCCCUCAGGACCGAAGCCUCUCGUCGGGCCUUGAGGGAGCAUGACUCCGGUAGACUGCUGUUGGAGUCAGAUGCUCCCUAUCUGGUACCUUCUGGGGCAGGGGAGGGGCCCAACACUCCCUGGCUCCUGGGGCACGUGCUUCGGGAGUUGGCUGGUUUAAGGGGGGAGAACCCAGGCCAGCUGGCGGUGGUACUUAACACCAACGCCAGGAGGGUUUACUCCCUCCCGUAG